ACCCAUUAUAUAAUGAUGUUUGACUAGAUAUAUUUUCUAAUGAUAUCAAAAUAUAUUAAAUGAAACAACUUUAACUACGUCGCAUUAUUUUAUGAGAGCAUUAGUAAUGGUAAAAUUAGAUUUGUCAAAGUUAAAAAUAUCCAAAUAUAAAGGUGUCAACUUUUUUUUUUUUUUUUGGGGGAAAACAAAGAGAGUAAGGCCCCAUUUGUUUGCACUUAAUGGAGGUCUGAAUCUGAAUGGUUCAGAUUUCAGCCCAUUAAGUGCAUUUUUUUUUUAAAAUAGUCUCUUAAUACAUCUGAAAACAUCUGACUCGGUCAAAUUUCAAAAAGAAUCUUAAUGGGAUUCAGACUCUCAAAAAUGCUAAAUUUAUUUGCUUAAAAAGCUCACACGUCUGUUUUUUUUUUCUCUUUAUAAUUUACGCUUCUCUCUCUCUCCUUAUAAUUUACUCUUCUCUCUUUAUCCCCAAGCAUCAACGAUGCUCUUUCUCCCUCUUUAUCAGUAAGCUAUUCAUCAAAUUCUUUCUUCUUGAACAGACAAUUCACAAGUAUUUUCACGAGGUUCUUGAGGCAAUGAUGAAUUUUGCAAAAGAGAUGAUAGCACCUACAACAUUUAAUUCGAAUAUGAAUAUUCCUGGUGCUCAUAACAGGUUACGAAGAAUUUUUAAGGGAGCAAUAGGUACACUAGACGGGACAUUAGUACAUGCUGUUGUUCCCGCUAAUCAACAAAUUGUUUAUAGAGGAAGGGGAAAAGGUAAAUGCUAUCAGAAUGUUCUGGCAAUAUGUGACUUCGAUAUGGUCUUCACUUAUGUUUAUGCUGGAUGGGAAGGGGUAGCACAUGAUGCACGCGUUCUAACCGAGAUUGCAUCUAAUCCAGAUAAUGGCUUUCCAUUUCCUCCACCAAAUAAAUACUAUCUAUGUGAUGCGGCAUAUCCUAAUACUCGAGGAUUUCUAGCACCGUAUCGUAAUAUUCGAUAUUGGUUAGGAGAUUAUCAUCGUAGGCGUGCCAUAAUGAAGGAGGAAAAGUUUAAUCAUGCUCAUGCACAGCUUAGAAACGUUAUCGAACGUUCCUAUGGAGUACUGAAAGCAAGAUUUCCUAUAUUGGACAAGAUGGCUCCAUAUCCUAUUAAUAUCCAAAGAGAUGUUGUUAUUGCAUGUUUUGCCGUUAAUAAUUUUAUCAGGAAGGAGCGCAUCAAUGAUGACUUGUUUAAUCAUUUUGAUACGCCUCAAGUGAUAUUUGAUGAAGAAGGACAACAAGAAGAAGCAUUAGAUGAAACAAAUGGACCUAGUUGGACAGUUGAAGAUUCUCAGAUAAUGACCGAUAUGAGGGAGCAACUUGCACUCCAACUAAUGCAAAGAAGAUGAAAUACUUGAGAGUUCUAUAUUUUAGUUAUUUGAAUUUUUUUUCCAGUGUUGGAGUGUUACAAUUUGAUGAUUGUUAGUUAAUUAUUCAAAUACUCUAAUAUUUAUGUGUCUAAAUCAUAACUGUAUUUGAGAUAUUGUUUUACUUUGUUGGAUAGGUUUGAUUUAUAGAUUAAUUUAUGUUAAAUUUAAA